AUGGUUAAACACGAGAACUUCAAGACGUGCACUCAGGCUGGUUUCUGCAAACGCAACAGAGCAUUCGCCGACGACGUAGCCCAGCUUUCGAGCUGGGCCUCCCCCUACAACCUCGAUCCCUCCUCCGUUUCCUUCAAAGAUGGGCAGUUGUCUGGCACAAUACUCAAGACGGUUGGAAAGGCUGGUGAGACGGUCCGGUUACCGCUCACUGUCACGUUUUUGGAAUCUGGCACAGCGCGAGUGACGGUGGAUGAGGAAAAACGACAAAAGGGAGACAUUACGCUACGGCAUGAUAGCAAAGCAAGAAAGGAGCGGUACAAUGAAGCAUCAAAAUGGGCUAUUGUGGGGGGCCUCGAAAUCAGCACCGGUGCUGCAUUGAGUCGGGACACGGAAGCUGGCUCGACAAGAGUGAACUAUGGUCCUGCUGGCCAACACGAAGCGGUUAUCACACAUUCUCCGUUCGGUAUCGACUUUAAGCGGGAUGGUGAAACACAUAUCAAGUUCAAUGAGCGAGGUCUGUUGAAUAUGGAGCAUUGGAGGGCGAAGAUCGAGAAGCCAGCACCGAAGGAAGGCGAAGAACCUCCUCCAGAGACAGCUGAGGAAAAUAGUGAAGACGAGAGCACUUGGUGGGAAGAGUCUUUUGGUGGCAAUACGGAUAGCAAGCCCAAGGGACCAGAAGCCGUGGCUUUGGACAUCUCAUUCCCGGGCUACGAACACGUCUACGGAAUCCCAGAGCACGCAAGCUCUUUGUCGUUGAAAGAAACAAGAGGCGGAGAUGGAAAAUACAGCGAGCCCUACCGACUCUACAAUGCCGACGUUUUCGAGUACGAAUUGGACAGCCCUAUGACACUCUACGGUGCCAUUCCGUUGAUGCAAGCCCACCGCAAAGGAUCUACUGUCGGAGUCUUCUGGUUGAAUGCUGCUGAGACCUGGAUUGAUGUCUUGAAGUCGAAGGGUUCCAAAAAUCCCCUCAGCCUUGGAACCAAGUCUGUCACGGACACGCAAACACAUUGGAUCUCUGAAAGUGGGAUAUUGGAUGUGUUUGUGCUGCUUGGACCUACUCCCAAGGAUAUCACCCAUAAGUACGGCGAAUUGACCGGAUUUACGGCGAUGCCCCAGCAAUUUGCCAUUGCAUAUCACCAGUGCAGAUGGAACUAUGUCACCGACGAGGACGUCAUGGACGUUGAUCGUAAAUUCGACAAGUUCAAGAUUCCAUACGACGUUAUUUGGCUCGACAUUGAGUACACAGAUGGCAAGAAGUACUUCACUUGGGAUCCGCUCACAUUCCCAAAUCCCAAGAAAAUGCACAACCAGUUGGAUAAACGCGAUAGAAAGCUGGUCGCAAUCAUCGACCCGCACAUCAAGAACACGGACAAAUACCCUGUUAUCGAUGAGAUGAAGAGCAAAGGCCUUGCGGUCAAAAACAAAGAAGGCAACGAUUAUGAGGGUUGGUGUUGGCCUGGGUCUUCGUAUUGGGUGGAUUGCUUCAAUCCCGCAGCUAUCAAAUGGUGGACAACACUAUUCAAAUACGAUAGCUGGAAGGGUACUUUUGCUAACACUUUCAUCUGGAACGACAUGAACGAGCCCUCUGUAUUCAACGGCCCUGAAACGACCAUGCCGAAAGACAAUCUGCACUACGGAAACUGGGAGCACCGUGAUGUGCAUAACAUCAAUGGUUUGACUUUCCACAAUGCCACGUUCGAGGCCAUGCUAGAACGGAAGAAGGGUGAGGUCCGUCGACCUUUUGUUCUGACCCGCUCAUUCUACGCCGGAAGCCAACGUCUCGGUGCUAUGUGGACCGGGGACAACCUAGCGGAAUGGUCUCAUCUGGCCAUAUCCAUUCCCAUGGUACUAAACCAAGGUAUCUCAGGUUUCCCAUUCUCCGGUGCCGACGUGGGUGGCUUCUUCGGCAACCCAAGCAAGGAGCUCCUAACCCGCUGGUACCAAACCGGCACCUUCUACCCCUUCUUCCGCGGCCACGCGCACAUCGACACCCGACGGCGCGAGCCCUACGUCCCCGGCGCCCCCUAUACCGAAAUCAUCUCGCAAGCCCUUCGCCUCCGCUACCAGCUCCUCCCCGCCUGGUACACGGCCUUCCACGAAGCCGCCACGACGGGCGCGCCCAUCGUCAGGCCCAACUUCUACGUCCACCCGGACGAUGACAAGGGCUUCGCCAUCGACGACCAGCUCUACGUCGGCUCCACGGGCCUCCUCGCCAAGCCCGUCGUCACCGAGGGCGCCGAGAGUGUCGACAUCUACCUCGCCGACGCCCAGCCCUACUACGACUACUUCGACUACACGACUUACGUCGGCGCCGGCUACCACACCGUCAAAGCGCCCCUCGACAAGAUCCCACUGCUCAUGCAGGGCGGGCACGUCAUCCCGCGCCGCGACCGCCCGCGCCGCAGCAGCGGGCUCAUGAAGUGGGACCCCUUCACGCUCGUGGUCGUGCUCGACAAUACUGGCAAUGCGGAGGGGACGCUGUAUGUUGACGACGGCGAGACGUUUGAUCACGAGCAGGGCGCGUUUAUCCACCGGAAAUUCGUGUUCGAUUGGGCGACGAGUUCGCUUUCUUCGAUAAACAUUGGAGCACCGGGCGCCAAGACGGCGGCGUACGCGAAGACGAUGGCGAAGGUGCGGAUUGAGAAGGUAAUUAUUGUGGGCGCGCCGGCGAGUUGGAAGGAUUUGAGCAAGGUGGGGGUUAGUGAGGAGGGGGUGAAGGAGAGCAAAGCGGGGAAGAAGGUAGAGUUGAAGUACUAUCCGGCCCAAGGGGGAAAGGCGAGCUGGGCGGUGGUGCGGGAUCCGAAGGUUGCAGUGGGGAAGGGGUGGAAGAUUGAGUUUGCGUAG